UUGAAUUGUUGUUGUACGAUCUUCGUCGUCCCGUAAGAAGAAGGGUUUGUAAGAAGAGUUGUAGACAAGUGAGCCACAAAAAUAAUUCCUGCUUCAAUAUGAGUGGUUUUUCAAUGGAACUCCUGAGUAAUGAAACUGUUAGAGAGUGGUUAAUGUGUAGGAGUGAACCCACUCUCUCUUCCAGUAUUGUUGAAACAGCUUUUCCCUUGAGAGCUUAUUUGCAGUUCGACUCUUUUUCUGUAACCUCUGACUUCUUGGUGAAGCCUUUAGGGGUUGUGAAUGGCAUUUUACUGGGCUAUGUGUUGGGAGACCCCUAUUCCUUUGCUCUUUCCCAAAACUGGGGACCAAUGGUACACCCAGCAAGUAGAAGAUUUGUGCUUAACCUGGAGACGCAAGAAUUUCUGGAGUUUCACUGGUAUUUACAUAACAAUACACUUCUUGCAAAUUGGAUGAAGUUUCCAACAGGAAAACAUCGACUUCGAUAUUUCGUCUUGUAUGAAGCUCCUCCUCCUGGGAAGAUCCCUUAUAAACUUCUUUCCAGUGUAGAGCUAGUCCUUCAAAGAACCGAAAGUGGAAAACAACAACCGCUUUCUGCCUCGGACGAUCUCUUUACUCUGCUGCCUCCUGUGGAACAAAGUCUUCAAAGUAUUCCUUCAGCUUUGGAGUUUGCUACCUUAUUGCUUGGAACGUUUUCUGGGACGUUUCGUUGGACGCAGUAUAAUCCAGAAAACUUAACAGUUACCGAAGAUGAAUUAUAUGCUUACUCUGUCACUGUUUGCACGAGAACCCAUGCAGAAGAUCUUCGUUUUCGAGAGCUCCGUCGAUUGUGUUAUCCUAGCUUACAAAUGGAUAAAGCUGUAUUAGAUCCUUAUGAUAAGAAGAGAUGUUUGGAUUCGAAUGAGAACACUGUGAAUUCUCCCUUGCUGUGCAAUUCUUUUCAAGCAAAGCCAACUCAUGUGACUAGUUUUGUCAAUGGAAACGUUGUACCCUCGUUUAACAGUGUCAUUUCAACAGAUCUCAAUUCUAGUGGAAACGGACAAAGUAGUCCAUCAGCAUCGGAGAAUUGUCAACCAAGAAGACCUUUGCUCUCUACGGAAAGUGUCAGCGACGAAUAUCGAAGUACCUACAAGAGGGGAAGAUCAGUUAUGGAGAAUUCGGGUUUGCUUUGGACGCAUUCUUGGAAUUUUGCCCCUCAGGAAUAUUUUGAGUCAUAUUCAUCGAACACAAGUUCAACGGAUAACUUUUACUCGGAAGACAAAGGUGAUAUGGAGAGUUUUGAAGCUUACGAUGGUUGUGACUGUUUUUAUGGAAAUGAUUUUUUCGAUGUUGUUAAGGGUCAGGUUUCUGAGUAUCUUCAUGACUCAUCAAAUUGGACAGAGUUUUCAAGUAUCUCGUCAGUAGCUUCAGAUUUUUACAUGAGACGGACACUUAGUGGCAUUAAUCUAUCAGAGUAUUUGUCAAGUGAAAAUGAGAUUCUGACAAAUGUUGAGCUUCCUUCUUUCGGCUCUGCCUGGGACUCAGCAGUUGAUAGUCUGCCUCAUGACACAGAGAAUGAUAUUGCUACAGUAUUUCUGACUGAUGGGGAUUGGAAUUUUGCAUCUGAGGCAUAGGCUCAAUCUGCAGUUGAAACUAUUUGGGCAGUUUGACAUUUUAUGUCUCAAAGUGUUAAUUACUCAUAUAAACGAAAACGAGUGAAUUGUAUACAAAGC